CCAGUCUCCGUAGCCUGGGCAUCCAAUGGAAAUCCAAUAUCCUUCCACGUUGCUUGCUUCCCCGGACGGAUACCGCGAGAGUAGGCUAGGCCGCAGUUCGUCUGUAUUGCGGUGAGUGCAACUGUACGAGCGGCGCCUUCUCGCCAAUUCAUUCAACUCCAGCAACCCAUAAAACAGAGGACAGGAGGCGGUCUGCGCUUUUACAUUGAACGGAGGACGACCACCUCUUUCUACGGCUCUGCAAGCUUCCCUUUUAAAUUGCGACACAUACUAGCUCUGACACCUGCCCGUAGGACAUUGAAACUUUGGCAAAGAGCUGCAUCACGCCACUGACCGCCCAGAGACGCAUAAAAGCAGAGAGAACUACAGAGAAGUAGCUUCCAGCUGUCACCCCUUUCGCACGGAGAUGAUUACACAUGGACAAAUGCAUGUACGCACGGGCCAGUGUUUCCGUUUAGAAAUUUUGGCGCUGGACAACGUGACCGGCCACUGAAGAAGAGCCACAGAGUGCGCCAAUACUACACAACGGACAACAAAGGGAAAACAGGUGGAGCCGGAGCUCGGCAGCCCCGGCAGAAGCUCUUCACCAUGGACGUGGAUGAAGAGGAGAACAUGAGUUCGAGCAGCACCGACGUAAAGGAAAACCGUAACCUGGACAACGUCUCCUCCAAAGAGGGGGAGGCUGUGGCUGAGCAUCUCCCCAACGGCAGUGGCGGGGGCAGCAGGAAGCGCCCCUUAGAGGAGGGAAACAAUGGCCACACGCACUCCAAGUUCCGGGCCAAGAAGCGUAAGAAAACGCCAGGCCCGGUUCUACCCAAGAAUGCCCUUAUGCAGCUGAAUGAAAUUAAGCCGGGGCUGCUGUAUAAGCUGCUAUCUCAAACGGGUCCAGUCCACGCUCCCGUGUUUGUCAUGACCGUCGAGGUCAAUGGGCAGCUGUUCGAGGGCUCAGGUCCCACCAAGAAGAAGGCCAAGCUGAAUGCAGCAGAGAAGGCACUGCGCUCCUUUGUCCAGUUCCCCAACGCCUCCGAAGCGCACCUGGCUAUGGGCCGGACACUGACAGUCAACACAGACUUCACAUCCGACCAGGCCGACUUCCCAGACAUGCUCUUCAACGGGUUUGAGACGCCCGCACCGCCCGAGGACUCCUUUUACCUGGGCUCCAAUGGCAGCGGCUGCCUAAACUCGCUGGGAGAGUACUCCAUGCCUUCCACCCCAGGUGCUAACUUAGCCCAGGCCCUGUUGCCCCCUCCCUCAGCCUUCACCUCGCCCUCGAGCGGCAAGAACCCUGUCAUGAUCCUCAAUGAGCUGAGGCCGGGCCUCAAGUAUGACUUUUUGUCCGAGAGCGGCGAGAGCCAUGCAAAGAACUUUGUCAUGCAGGUGUCGGUGGACUCACAGCAGUUCGAGGGCUCUGGACGAAACAAGAAGCUGGCCAAGGCCCGGGCCGCCCAGGCAGCCCUCUCAGCCCUCUUCAACAUGCAGCUGGACCAGACGCCCUCCCGACAGCCCAUCCCCAGAGAGGGACUGCAGCUCCACCUACCCCAGGUCCUCGCCGACGCGGUCUCUCGCCUGGUUGUGGACAAGUUCAGCGAGCUGACGGACAACUUCACCUCCCCCCACGCGCGGCGGAAAGUCCUGGCAGGGGUCGUCAUGACAACAGGCACGGACGUGAAAGAGGCCCAGGUGAUCUGUGUCUCCACGGGCACCAAGUGCAUCAACGGCGAGUACAUGAGUGACCGCGGCUUGGCGCUCAACGACUGCCAUGCAGAGAUUAUCGCCCGUCGCUCGCUCAUCCGGUACCUCUACACCCAGCUGGAGCACUUCCUAAGCAGCAACAAGGAAGAGCAGCAGAAGUCCAUAUUCACGCGCUGUGACAAGCGUGGCUACCGGCUAAGGGACAACGUUCUGUUCCACCUCUACAUCAGCACCUCGCCCUGCGGAGACGCACGCAUCUUCUCACCGCACGAGGCCGGCAUGGAAGACCAAGGAGACCGACACCCUAACCGGAAGGCGCGGGGUCAGCUGAGGACUAAAAUAGAGUCUGGGGAGGGGACCAUUCCCGUGAGGACCAGCAACACCAUCCAGACAUGGGACGGGGUGCUGCAGGGAGAAAGGCUGCUCACCAUGUCCUGCAGUGACAAGAUCGCAAGAUGGAACGUGGUGGGCAUCCAGGGCUCUCUGAUGAGCUACUUCACGGAGCCCAUCUACUUCUCCAGCAUCAUCCUGGGCAGCCUGUACCAUGCUGACCACCUCUCCCGGGCUAUGUACCAGCGCAUCGCCGACAUCGAGGACCUGCCCCAACAGUUCAGCCUCAACAGGCCUCUACUGAGCGGCAUCAGCAACGCGGAGGCGAGGCAGCCGGGCAAGGCACCCAAUUUCAGCGUGAACUGGGCGGUGGGCGACCUGGCGCUGGAGGUCAUCAAUGCUACCACGGGCAAAGACGACAUGGGGCGCGCCUCGCGCCUCUGCAAGCACGCCCUCUACAGCCGCUGGGUUCGCCUGCAUUCCAAGCUGUCAUCCACACUGAGGAUCAAGGUGUCCAAGCCCAGCUCGUACCACGACGCCAAGCAGGCGGCGGUGGAAUACCACAAUGCCAAGCAGACUCUCAUCAAGGUCUUCCACAAGUCGGGCCUGGGGGCCUGGGUGAAGAAGCCCAUCGAGCAGGACCAGUUCUCCCUCAACUCCUGAUUAGGGGGUUAGGGGAACCUCAUAACCCAACCCACUGCACCCCAACCCCCUCUCUAGGCCUGAGAAAGAGGCUCUUCAAAAUUACCAGCCACUGAGACUUUGUGUCUGUGUGCGUGUGUGUGUGUCUGCGUGCGUGCGUGCGUGUGUACCUUGUGCAUGCGUGUGUGUGUGUGUGUGUGUGUAUAUGUCUGUCUUGAGUGUUUGUGAGAAAUAACGCAUGUGGUUCUGGCCACCUCCCUCCGUCCCAAUCACUCUGCUCUCGUUCCUCAUGGCUGUGAUGUCAUCACUCUAUAAAACGUUCUUUUUUUUUUUAAUCGAUGGUACUCGAUGUUCCAUCUGCCCAUCUAAUCACGAAGUUUUGCCAUUUUUAACUGGAAUCCUUUUUAGUCAUUGUUGUUUUAUUUGCAAGACUUUACAUGAAGUUGUCCAUACACCAUAUAGUUACUACAUACUUAUUUCUGUAACCAGAAUGUAGAAUGUACAACGAUUCUAUUUCUACUAUUCAGUUAAUGUAAUUACACUAGUGUAAACCCAAAUGCCAUGUGACUUUUUAACCUAUUGUAGAAUUUUACCUUUUCAAUGUCUUAUUUCAUUACAAUAUAGCCCCUUUAUUAUAAGCACGUAUGAUGUUAUGCUAAAUGCAAAUCCAAAAUGUUGGUUACAGUCAUUCAAUCAUUAUUCAUUUGAAAUCUCUUCUUUUGGUCCCGUUACAUCUUAUUUAUUUAUUUGUUGGCAUUUUUGGUCAUUCAAUUACAUUCCCAUUCCGUACUUGAACAUUGGGCCCUGGUGGAGGCUGUCGACGAUUCCCCUCGAGUCCUUUGACCUGGGAGGGGGGGGGUUGAGGAGAGUUGUGGAUGUGCUGCAAGUUUGUUCUUGUUCAAGUAAGCCAUGGCUUUGCAUGGGAAUGGUGUCAGAGUUCGGCGAGUUGAUUCGGUAGAGAAUCACCAGGGAUCUGCUCGAGCGAUUAAAAAAAAAUAAUAAUAAUUCCCCCUGCACAUGGAGCUUUGAAUCAUGUUUCUCUCUUUAAUGUGUUUGUUUUGUUUCCUGGAGGGGGCUUGUUUUUUUUAGUAUUGCAACUUUUGACUUUUUUGUGUUUGAGAGAUGGAUUAUACUGCAACUGAAUAAUGACAAGAAUUCAGUAUUUCUAUCAAUGACACUGCAUAGGGGCUACAUUACACCUCCUUCAUAAGCAUGAUCCUCAUGGACAUUAUGCAUCCAUGCCCUGGGCAUUUAUAAAUGCUUAUGUCAACAACCUCGGAUCGAUAGGUCAUGGUCAUGCCACACAAUACAAGUCUGGUGACAUAACACAUCUUAUGUCAAUCUGGGGUUGUUAUGAAGGUGUAAAGUAGGUCAUAUGUCAUGUAAUUCAUAGAGAGCUGGGAAAUGCAUGUCUCCAAGAGCUUAUGUCGUCAUUUAAACAACUCUUGUAAGCAACACGAUUGUUGAUUGCUCAUUGUGUGAGUAAACUUCCAAGGGAACACAAAGAAACGCAUGAGAGAUUUUACAAAGUUGAGUUUGGUACCACCCGC